AUGCUUCGGCUCAACUGGAGUGAUACCACAGCCUUACAGAAAACCGGCGUGAAACAACCACGGCGUCGUGUCGUCGUGUUUUACGACUAUGUACCUUUCGAAAUUACCAUGUCCGGAAAGCACCUGCAUUGGGUAGAAAGUAGAAAGAAGGUGAGGGGUUCAUAUAGCCACACCUCAACUCAAAGAGCGGUCUUACCGCUGCUGCGCCUGCCGCGAGCCCGGCGGCCCUGGGUUGACGAAAGGUCCACGUUUCCCCUGGACUUUCAUGAACAUAACAAUGAAGUCGAUCUAGCCGUUUCCGAGGCUCAACGAUGA